AUGUCUUGGAUCGUGGGCGGAGUGAAGCACGGUAACGAGGAAGACAGCAACCUCGGCAUUGACUGGGUCCUGCAAUAUGACUUUAGCGAACUCGACCAAACAGAAGCUAUUGCGGAAUACCGUAGUCUGGUACAGAGCUUGACCAAUGCCGGUCUUCGGGUCCAAGUUCGUCACGGACAUGGAUCGUCACUGCUGGUGUGCAUUCAUGUACCCCGAGAUCAGCUGGGGAGGAUGGUCCAUCAGUCAAGAAUCAAAGAUUGGCUGUUCGGCAUCACAUCGACCAUCCCCGCUGGCCCCGGAGACACCAUUGCCGCGGCCGAGACACCUUCAGAAGAAAUUCGAUCCGUCUAUCAUGCCGUGACUUGGUCAGAGAGUAUGGGUGGUGCUGGCAUCACCCCUGGAUUUGGGAAAUGGAAACGUGUUACGGCCUCAUUUCCAUUGCAUGACCAGGAUGCCUGCUCGGAAUUGUUGAGCAAGUGGAAUCGAAAAGGGAACUUGACCAUGGAGGAUUUGGAUGCCAUUCGUGCACUUUUCGGUGAGAAGGUUGCCUUCUAUUUUGCUUUUAUUCACUGCUACUCGCUCUUCCUGAUGUUCCCUGCUGCGCUGGGUAUCUUUGUUUGGUGGUUCCUUGGACCCUAUUCGAUUGUCAACGCUGUCCUUCUUUGCGCAUGGUGCGUGGUCUUUGUCGAAUAUUGGAAGCUGCGCGAGUUCGACUUGAGUGUGCGGUGGAAAGUCGACGGCGUCGGACAGCUCAAGGUCAACCGUGCGCAGUACAGAUGGGAAAAAGAAGUCAAGGAUCCAGUAUCGGGGGAGGUCAAGCAUAUCUUCCCUGCAUGGAAGCAGAUCAUGCGCCAGUUCUUGCUUCUUCCAUUCACAGGCGUAGCCAGCCUCGCGCUCGGCACGCUGAUUGUGGCCACAUUUGCCGGUGAAAUCUUUAUCUCGGAAGUUUACAACGGUCCCUUGAAAAGUUAUCUUGAAUUCGUGCCGACCGUGCUGUUUUCACUCUCUUUGCCAGCCAUCACCUCCUUCUUGACCGGGAUUGCCGGCAAGCUCACCGAGUACGAAAACUACCGCACCCAGGAUCUCCACGACCUCGCCUACACUCAAAAGACAUUCAUUAUGCAUGUCAUCACAUCAUUCCUGCCCACUAUCCUCACGGCGUAUGUCUACGUGCCCUUCGGUCAUCAAAUCGUUCCCAAACUGGAUCUCCUUCGCCGACUGGGCAUGGAGACUUUCAGCAACAAAGAAUUCGUCGUCGACACCUCCCGAUUCCAGGCCGAAGUCAUCUACCUGUCCGUGACCGCCCAGGUCUUCAGCUUUGCGGAGGAGAUCGUUCUUCCUUACGUCAAACACGUGCUGUGGCAGAAGUGGCAAAAUUACCGCGAGCACAAGGCUGGCUUGAAGCGGCAACGCAGCUUUUCCAAAACGACCGACCUCCUGCUCAUUGACCCUCCCCAAGAAGUGCAAUUCCUUCGCCGUCUACGCAGUGAAGCCGGUGCCGACGAAUACAAGGUGGAGGAGGACAUUCUGGAGAUGUGUGUGCAGUUUGGCUAUCUCGCACUCUUCGGCGUUGCGUGGCCCCUUGUGCCGCUCGGUUUCUUGCUGAAUAACUGGCUUGAGGUUCGAGGUGAUUUCUUCAAGCUGACCCUUGAAUGUCAGCGACCGCCACCCAUCCGGGCGGAUUCCAUUGGACCUUGCGUUCUCGGUCUGGACUUCCUCGCCUGGCUGGGUACCCUUUCCACUGCUGCCAUUGUGCACAUUUAUCGGGGGUCCAUCUCCGAGGUGCGUCUCUCGUCUCUGCUGCUGACGCUCUUCAUCGCCGAGCAGCUGUACCUGGCAAUGCGUUUCGUCGCGGCUGCUGUGUUGCGCAAGAUUCUCGAUGAGACUCUCAGUCGCGAUGAAGCCGGUCACUUUGCUGUGCGUAAGGCAUACCUCGAGACACAACAGGCCCGGUAUCGCUCACCCGACUCAUCUACCCGGGUGCGUCAACGCGUGCGCUUCCAUGAGCGUGUGGAUGUGUACAGUAGUGAUACGACUGUCUCCCCGGAGGGAUCUCCUUCUCCUUCACCCACCACUGAACAGCAGCCGCUCAAUGAAGAUCUCCGUGGAUCCGACCGAGAAGCUGACUUUUGGGACAGCCGGCAGUGUGAGCCGAUCGAAGCGGGCAGCAAGAUUAUUCGCGCAUUGAGCGAGAGCAAAGUCCAGCACGAAAGUAAAGGCGAGAAACGGGCGUGA